AUGGAGGCACAGGGCAGCACCAGGCCUGGCACAGGCAAUGUCUCAUCCUCGCAGCCCGACGGCACCCGUGUCCCGAUGGAGAUCGUGCUGAUGGAGAAGGUGGGCUCUGGCUGCCACAGCAUCAUCCAGCUCCUGGACUGGUUCGAGCUUCCCGACAGCUUCGUGCUUGUGCUGGAGCGCCCGGAGCGAUCGCGGGAUCUGCUGGAGCUGCUGCGGGAGCAGCAGUUCCUGAGCGAGGAGGCGGCACGCUGGCUUUUCCGGCAGGUGCUGGAGGCCGUGUGGCACUGCACCGCCUGCGGCGUCUGGCACGGUGACAUCAAGGCCGAGAACCUCCUCGUGGACCCGCACAGUGGCAGCCUGAAGCUCAUUGACUUCGGAUGCGGCACCUUCUUCCACGAUCACCCCUGCAGGGAAUUUGCCGGAACACACAUGUACUGCCCGCCCGAGUGGCUCUGCCUGGGCUUCUACCGCAAGGAGCCGGCCACGGUGUGGUCCCUGGGCGUGCUGCUCUAUGUCAUGGUCUGCGGGUGCUUCCCCUUCCGCGACGACCAUGACACCGUGUCGGGGCAGCUCUUCUUCUGGCGGCAGGUGUCUCCAGAGUGCCAACACCUGAUCCGCUGGUGUUUGGGCAAGCACCCCGUGGACCGGGCCGAGCUGGAGGACAUCUGGCGCCACCCUUGGCUGUGGGGCGGGCGCCUUUGA